AAAUAAAUUAACACUGUACUGUAGUCUUCUCACGUAGCCAUGAGUAGCUCGUUGUCUCCGCCUUUGUGGUGAUGUCAUGUAGGUGAUCCUCAAAAUUCAGGUGCCUCUCCACUACCGUGCAGAUUCUCGUCGUCUAAUCGAUUUCCACGCACUCCAGUUAGAUCUCGUCAAAAUGGAGAUAAUCCGUUUUCUUAAGGCGUGAGUUUGGAGACCAACUUCAGAGGUUAGUGGUGCAUCUGUUUCGCCCCUGGAGGCCUGACCUGGCACAAGCAGCAGAAUGAACUGGGGUACACUGUACACCCAGCUCACAGGAGUCAACCGCCACUCCACCAGCCUGGGCAAGAUCUGGCUGUCGGUGCUUUUCAUCUUCCGCGUGAGCGUGCUGGUGGUGGCGGCCGAGACAGUGUGGAGCGACGAGCAGGCCGAUUUCGUGUGCAACACGCUGCAGCCCGGCUGUGAGAACGUCUGCUACGACCACUUCUUCCCCAUCUCCCACGUGCGCCUCUGGUGCCUGCAGCUGAUCUUCGCCUCCACCCCUCCGUUGCUCGUCGCCAUGUACGUGGCACACCGCAGGCACGAGGACAAGCGGGGGAUCCUGUGCGCUUCCAGGUCCAGGGCCAAGCAGGAGGAGGACCUGGAGAGCCUGCGCAAGAGACGGCUCCCCAUCACCGGCGCGCUCUGGUGGGUGUACGCCGCCAGCCUACUCUUCCGGCUGCUCUUCGAGGCUGUUUUCAUGUACGCCCUGUACGCGAUUUACGACGGGGUGUGGCUGCCCCGGCUGGUGCGCUGUGAAGAGGUGCCGUGUCCCAACGAGGUGGACUGCUUCGUGUCGCGGCCAACUGAGAAAACGGUCUUCACCGUGUUCAUGGCUGCAGCGUCGGGGGCCUGCAUGGUGCUGAACGUGGCCGAGCUGGCCUACCUGGUGGCCAAGGCUGCGACACGGGGCCCGGCUAGGAGGGGGGUGCGGAAGGGGCAGGCAGACUACGCGGCCAAAGACAAGGGACUGCUGCAAAUGAUGAGAAAUGAGACUUUGAUGGCUUCGUCGUCUUCUGUGUCGUCCGCUUGCAAAGCUGUGUGAGACUUACAUGUGCCUAGUCCUGUUUUAUGUUUGUUUAUUUACUUGCUUGUCACCAUACCAACACACCCCCAGAUUUACAUACAAUAUUAGUACGGCAUAGUAUUCAGCAACAGAGACCUCGUUUAGGACGUUACAGUGCCAUCUAGUGGUGAGGAUCAUAAGAGCGCAGAUGUUAAGCAGCUAAGUUUGCACAAUCUGUAUCAUAAAUAUUUGCAGAGAUGCUGAGUAUUUCCAAUAAUUUGCUUUAUGUGGUUAGCAACUAAAGUUUAUGGUACUGUAUAUAAACUGAUUAAUAUGGUCAUAUUUAUUGAUAAUGAGAAAGCUGACAGUGGUAGAGGUUGUAAGAAGCAUAAUGACAGAUCAUUAAAAAAAGUUACUAAAAUAGUAAUGUGAAAAACCAACACUUCAAAUAUUUGGUAAGUAAAGGUAUAAUUGUCAUAAUCAUUGUAUUCAAAGUGUGUUAUAAAAAGGUUCAAUUAAAAAAUAUUAGACCACAGGUGCGUAAUUUUUUAUACAUGCAUUUUAUAUCUUGCAGUGUACAAUGUGCAAUACAUACAGCCCAAAGAAUUAGUCAUAAAAUCCUAAUUUAAUUUCCUCAAAAGAAUAUUGUCAGUUUGUAACCAUUAACAAAUACACUCACAUGUAAAUUUUUAAAAAUUCUUUUAAAACGUUGGUAGUUAAUUGCUAGGUAGUUAAUCAAUUAAAAUGAUACAUGCAUUGUUACUGUAGCUUGGAUGAUAAGGAUGUUUUCCCCAUGCAGCAUUGAUGCAUACAUUAAAUAGAGCAUGUCACCUGUAAUUGAUGAUGAAUAUCAUCCUCAUUGUUCUCUAUCUUUGGUAUCUUUGGUUCUCUUACAGAUUGCCAUAUUAGAUGAAAUAAAA